UUCUGAGCGCACUUAGUUGAUUUCAUUUUGAACUGGCAUCGGUUGAUCGUUAGUGCGUACUGAGCUCGAACCACUACGUCGAAAUCCAUUAAACUGCAUUAAACGAAGAAAGAAGGAAGAACUGACAUCGGUUUACCACCAUUGAGAUUGUUAGGUCAGGUUAUCUCAGGUAGACAUAAAGUUAGAAAAAAUGGGCGUAAAACAUCUUUGGAAUAUUUUGGCCUCAAUGUCAGAGAGAAUGCCGUUAUUUGAAUUGCAUGGCAAAGCAAUUGCAAUUGACUUGAGCGGCUGGGUUGUUGCUAGUCAAACGGUGAUGGAUGCCUCUGUACAAAAUAAUAAUAAAAUGUUUCUCAGGAAUCUUUAUUGUCGCGCUUCAUGGUUACUUCUGCACGGAAUUAUGCCAGUUUUUGUCUUGGAUGGUAGACCACCCGAUUUGAAGCAAAAAACUAUAGCCAAGAGACUCCGUGUUACUUUAGGAAAGAUGAUAGUUAACAAUGGAAAGCGCGGUCGAUUGGAUGCCGUACUCACAGAAUGCGAAGAGAUGUUAAGAUAUAUGGGACUUCAUUGUGUUCGUAGUCAUGGAGAGGCCGAAGCUCUGUGUGCGCAUUUAAAUGAGGAUGGACUUGUCGACGGUUGUGUUAGUCAAGACAGUGACUGUUUUUUAUACGGUGCUAGAGUAGUCUAUCGCAAUUUUUGCACGAGUGAUACUGGUAAUCGAUUCUCUGGGAAUGGGUCGGUAGAUACUUAUAAGAUGGAAAAGAUCGAGCGAGUACUUGGUCUGGGCAGAAAACAGAUGAUAGCAUUGGCGCUUUUAUGUGGUUGUGAUUAUGAUGAAGGGUUAACUAGAGUAGGAAAGGAGGCGGCUUUAAAAUUAUUUAGAUUCGUUAAGGAAGAAGAUAUAUUAGACAGGUUAAAAAGUUGGAGGACUGACGAUAAACUUGCUAGAUUAGGGAAUGAUUUAAACAAUGGCAAUCUGUGCCCUUCCUGUGGACACAGAGGAAAACUUCGAGUACAUGCAAAAUCAGGAUGUCAAGAGUGCGGUACCACAGAAAAGUGUAGUACACUUUUCAAAGGAACCAAGGAGUUGGUAAUGAAUGAAGUGUCUUUGCGAAAAAAAGCUAUUGGCGUAGAAAAUUUCCCCAAUCAGGAACUCAUCAACGAAUUUCUAAUCCGGAAAGAUCCGGUUCCUUCUGACUUAGAUCUUGAGUGGCAUGAACCUCAGAUACUAGAAUUUACAAAUUUGAUGAGACGUCAACUAGGCUGGCCAGGAAAAUAUUCACUUUCUAUGAUCUUUCCAUUGGUUACACGUUGGCAACUAUUGCGCGCCUCAGAAUUAUCAAUCGAAGAACGACAAUUAAUAACUAGAAAUUUAGAGCCAGAGUGCAUAAGAAACACCAAGAAUGUAAAGGGCGUGGCGAGUUACGACAUCGUAUGGAAAAAGAGUUCUGCUAUUAUACCUCCUGGUAUAUUCAAUACUGAAAAUGUAGAAAAUGAAGCCAUAAGUAACUCGAAAACGUCCGAUGACCUAGUCACUACUGAGCCCCAGAUACACAUUUCUCGUUGUUAUCCUGACCUGGUUGAAAAGUUUAGAAACUCCGGGAAAAGAUCCAAAACAGCUGAAGCACAGAAAUCGUCGAAUGUCAAACCUAAAAAGCGAAGAAUGGGACGAUUCAAAAUAGUUGCUCCGGCAGUUGAAGAAUCAAGUAGUUACCCCGAAAGGUCCAGACAAAAGGUCAGCCACCAAACACUGUUGUCCGAGUAUUUUCAUACAUCUUGUGAAGGUGCGUUAACAAGGAAACAAAAUCCCCGGGUUGCAAAAGUCCUCGCAACGGAGCAGAGGAAUAAAUUAGACAGUACCUUGGAGACGAUGUAUAACAAGUUGACACCCGAAGACUUUAAUUCCGAUUAUGAAGACGGCGAAGCCAAUAUAUCGGAAGUAAUCGACAAGAUAUGUAAUAAGCAAACGCAAAAUUUUGCUGCCGAAUCACGGAAUGUACCAGGCAAAAGUGAUUCCGAAGUAACAAUUAUGGCAACCAUUUCGGGCACGACUCCUAAUCGCAGCCUUGUGGGGGAGAUAGAUUGCUUGGUCGAAUCACAUGUACCUUUAACAGAGAGAAUCAAUACUUCACCCGAAGUCAUCGAGAUAGAUUAAGUCGGCAGUAAGUUGUGAACGAAACUCAGCCAGGUGCUGUAGUUGAUGACGAAGAAGUGACACCGGGAAGCCAAUUUUUCUUUUCUUUUCCGUAAAAUCAUUUAAAUGGAAACAUGGUUAUAUGACUGACUUUUACUUUAUUAUGGUACGAGUUGUUCUUCGAUACCGAGCCAACACAGUUUUAUAGGAUGGAGUAUGUCGAUGCCUAAAUAAUUGAGAAAAGUUCAGCUAGAGACUUUAUCCAAUCGUGAAGGAUAUUUUUGUAAACGGUUCUCUAUAUGCGACGUUAAGCGAUAUUUUAUUUUUUGUUAUGCAUUUCAAUGAACAGUAUUAUGUGACUGAAUUUUAUUAUUUUGUUAGUUAACGUAGCUUUACGGGGCCGUGUAAUUUACGAUGUAAGGAAGCGUGUAUCUGUACUCUCGCGAGUCGCACGGAAUGCAAUAAAGAUACGGAGCGUUUGUAUUUUCCUAAA